AAAUAGAAUAAGUCCCGAUUCAACCUAGGUACAGCCAGGCAAGGCGCACAGAUAUUACACAUUCUCACCGCUGCAAAUUUGUUCAGCCCCUCCCCUCCAAAUCAAAUCAAAUCAAAUCAAAUCUCUCCACGUCCCUAAAACACACACACACACACUCAACUCGCGGCGUUCCUGAAUCGGCAGAAGAGCCCCAUCAGGAUCUUCGCCGAUUUCAAUUUUUCUCCGUUGUGAGUUUGGUGCCAUCGCUCCAAUCAAGAUGGGAAAUGGUCCUGCACCCUAUUCAUAUAUUGGCAAGCGUGCAAAAGACCUCUUGACGAAAGAUUACAACUAUGAUCACAAAUUUGUAUUGUCUCUCCCAAGUUCUACUGGAAUGGGACUUGUGGCUACGGGAUCAAAGAUUAAUGAAUUUUUUGUCGGUGACAUAAGUACAGAGUAUAAGACUGGGAAUACCACAGUAAAUGUGAAAGUCAAUACUUCUUCUAAUAUCUCCACAAAAGUAACCAUCAAUGAUGUGUUGCCCUGUAUGAAUGCAGUGUGUAGCUUUGACAUUCCUGAUCACAAGUCUGGAAAGCUGGAUGUGCACUACCUGCAUCACCGUGCCGCCAUCUGUUCCAGUAUUGGCCUGAAUCCAUCCCCUUUGUUGGAACUUUCUGCAGUGAUUGGUGACAAAGGUCUAGCUCUUGGUGGUGAAGUUGGACUUGAUACUGCAUCUUCUUCUUUUACGAAGUACAAUGCUGGGAUAAGUUUUACCACACAAGAUUUUUCUGCAGCAUUAACACUGCUGGAUAAAGGACAAACACUGAAGGCAUCUUAUGUUCAGUCUGUGAGUUCCUCGAGUGGAACUGAGCUUGCGGCGGAGAUGAUUCAUAGCUUUAAUUCCUAUGAAAACAAAUUUAUCUUCGGGAGCAGCCAUACGGUUGAUCCUUUGACUAUGGUAAAAGCAAGAUUUUCCAAUGAUGGAAAGGUUGCGAUGCUAUGCCAACGAGAAUGGAGGCCGAAGUCUCUCAUAACUCUUUCAGCCGAGCAUGAUACCAAGGCUGUAAAUGCAACCCCAAAAAUGGGCAUUGCCCUUGCGCUCAAGCCGUAAAAGGAAUUGGUAAUAUAUAUCUGGUUCUUCCAGUUUUAACAAUUUUUUCACCCUGACAAGUGUGGGUGUUUACAUCAUGCCAAAUCAAUUUGGGAAAUCAAAUUUUAGACAUGUUUCACGAUUUGUAACCUUAGUAUUUGGAAUACUACACUCAUUCUUUACUAUAAUUUUUAUAGUCUGGCAGUUACGAACAUGUAUAUGCGGAUUAAAAGAAAUAUUGUACUGGAACUCAGUUCCGAAUGCCUUGCAUAACACAACCCUUUUUGGUUUUGGAUUA